AUGGCAUUAUAUUUGAAGAUUCCUUUCAAAAUAGAUAAGGAUUACUCCUACAUCAAUUUUGAAGAUGAUGAUGAUGAUGAUGAUGAUGGAGAUGUUAUAAAAAGAGUUGCAGGUUAUGAAAUCAGAGCAGAAGACCUUACCAGUCUUGAAGGAACAAACUGGCUAACUGACCAGAUUAUCAAUGCCACCUUCCAGAACCUGUGUACAUCCAAGAUAUUCUUUAAGGAUACUUUUUUCCUUGAAACAUUGAAGAGGAAAGGGAUGGAAGGUGUGCAGAAGAUAAAAGACAUAUCCACACUGGAUUAUGUUUUUUUUCCGUACCACAUACCAGGUCAUUGGUCCCUUGUGGUGUUUGAUGUGAGAAGGACUACUGUUUCACUGUUAGAUCCAAUGAAAAACAUUGAUUCUGAUAUUUUACACACUAUUGGCAAGUAUUUGAGAGCACAUGGGUUGAAGGUUUCAAGGAAUAAAGGGUUAGAAAAGGAAGCACCAGCCCAGAACUCCAGUGGUGAUUGUGGUGUUUUUGUUAUUGCCUAUGCCCAUGUUUUGGUUGAUGGUGGCAGUCUAAAGGAGUUAAAAGUAUGUUAUACAAAAACAAAGGAAAUGGGGUAUUUCUCCUUAAUACAUAAUCAGUGA